UUGUACUCGAUGAGUGUACGUACGGUGCACAUAUAGGCUUUCAUGUAGUUAUUGGAAAGAGUGUGAGCUUUCUAGUUUAGAAUAUACCAGCAAGGGGAAAUUAAUGUUACAAUAAUCUGCAUAAUUGGAUCAAGCGAUCAUAAUUGGAUAUAUAUGAAGGUGUAUUGUGAUUAGGAACUGCUUUCUACAUUGGACUUGUGAAGAGAAUAUGAUUUAAGCUUUAAUCAGCUCCAUUUGAAUACUGAUCCUGAGCUGCAAAGGGCAACGUGCUCAAUCAUGGAAUGAAAAGGUUGAAGGUUCUAUUAUUGGAGCUUGGGGCAUGUACCUCUAAGACUAUAUAUGCUCAUCCGUUGUUCAGUGCACUUUGAAAAUGCAUGAGUGAGCUCAGCUAUAGUGCUUUGUCUGUCUGUGCCUGUCCCGUUAUUUCUUUGAAAUUAGGAAGGAAGAGAGCAGACCGUAUACAGCUGAAAACACUUUGAUAUUAAAUGUAGUCUAAAUAACAUUGGCCUAUUUUGGGGGAAUCUAGACCAUGCAGGUCCUUGAAAUUGAGACUUGGUUCUUCAAUUCCAGUUUUGGUCCCCCACACCAAGACUGACUUUCACUUUGAGACGAGGACACCUCAUCGAGACCAAGUCGGAAAUUUCUUCAUCCCUACAAAUAUCAAAUAUUUCAGCUAAACAUUAACCAUCAAAAUCAAGUGAACCAUGUUGUUCUGUCAUUUGGAAAAGGAGCUUGUUUGUGGAAGAAAGAAAGUUCAAGUUGAAAGCGAAGGAUGAUUUUGUAAUCUGCUUUUCUGCUGAUAUUCCUCAGUUUGAAUUACCCAAGUUCAUAGAAAAUGAAGAUCACUGUGUAGGUAGUUGGCCUUGAAGCCAAAGAAUGUUCUUUUCAAGAACUUAUUUGAGAUAGAUUUCACAUUGGGGAUCAUGCAGACAAGCAACAUUUGAUUAAAGGAUUUCUCUCAUUGGAUAACUUUGAGAGGAAGAUAACAUGAAGAAAAACACUCAAGGAUAUGUGGCACUAGUUGCCGUCAAUGACUGUUCACAGCCAGCUGACGAUGCCCAUCUUCCCAAAUCAACGAGCGAUUGCAUACAGAGUUACCACAACCCCAGGGGAGGGGGUAACGACGAUCACCCUUCCACGAGCCCCGCCCACCCCAAAGAGAAACCCACCUCCGUAGACAGGGCCGAGAUACAAGCCCUGAUAGCAUCUGAGGGGGAUACCCCACCCUCUACCUCCAGGGAGAAUGGGAUUAAGAACGGGGAUGUUGUGCUUGAGAUGAAGCCUAGGGUUGCUAUGGUGAAGGAUGAUGGGAAGGUGGAGGUCGGGAGAUGUGUCAUUACAGUGACUGGGAUGACCUGUGCCUCCUGUGUCAAUACCAUUGAAAAAUCACUCAUCAAACAAAGAGGCAUCGAAGCUGUGACUGUUUCUCUGAUAGCCCAAAAGACAGAAGUGAAGUACCAGGUUGCCGUGGUAACUCCUGCAGAGAUUGCAUUGAUGAUAGAAGACAUGGGAUUUGAUGCAGAGGUGAAAGAGGAGCAGAUGGCUGGAGAAGAGACGCUCAAUCUCAUUAUCAAUGGUAUGGAAUGUUCUUCAUGUGUCAAUAACAUUGAGAGUCUAACAAAAGCACUGGAAGGAGUUAAAGAUGCUUCUGUUGCCUUGACGACCUGUAAAGGUGUCUUCCGCUAUGAUCCAGGGAGCAUUGGACCAAGAACCAUCAUGGAUUCCAUUGAGGAUGCUGGCUUUGAUUGUGAAAUCAGUACAGAAGAGAACCAGAUCAACUUGGCAAAUCAACACAUGAAAACUAUCAAGAAGUGGAGGACAUCAUUCUUCAUCUCACUCAUCUUUGGUGUGCCAGCCAUUACAACGAUGCUCUACUUUAUGAUCUCAAAGAAUCACAUCAUCGUCAUUCCUGGACUCUCACUUGAGAAUCUUAUCCUCUUCAUCUGUGCCACCAUGGUUCAGUUUCUAGGUGGUCGGUACUUCUACGUCCAAGCCUACAAGGCCCUCAAACAUCGCACAGCCAACAUGGAUGUCCUCAUCAUGAUGGCGACAUCGACUGCAUACGUCUACUCCCUCAUCAUUGUCCUCGUCGCCAUCGGUCGUCAAGAAGACGGCAGUCCUAUGACGUUCUUUGACACUCCUCCCAUGCUGCUUGUCUUUGUUUCGCUAGGCAGAUGGUUGGAACACAUGGCUAAGGCCAAGACGUCGGAUGCCCUGUCCAAGCUCAUGUCCCUUCAGCCCGCUGAGGCCAUCUUGGUAGAACUAGGUCCAGAGUACCAGGUCCUCAAAGAGCGUCAGAUCAGUAUAGAACUAGUACAAAGGGGUGAUAAACUCAAGGUGGUUCCAGGCUCUAAGCUACCUGUCGAUGGGGAGGUGAUUUAUGGGAUAUCGUCGGUUGAUGAAGCUCUUAUUACGGGAGAGUCUAUGCCUGUCAGUAAGAAACCAGGAUCUAAGGUGAUUGGUGGAUCUAUCAAUCAAACUGGUGUUUUAAUGAUGGAGGCUACUCACGUUGGUAAGGAUACCGCUCUGGCUCAGAUCGUCAAAUUAGUUGAGGAUGCACAGACUUCUAAGGCUCCAAUUCAGCAGAUUGCAGACAAGAUAUCCGGGCGCUUUGUUCCAACCAUUCUCUUCUUAUCCAUCAUUACGUUGGGUAUCUGGUUAACUAUUGGAUUUGUGGACAUUGAAAUAGUUCCUAUAUACUCCCCACCUGCUGAAAAUGCUACCGAAGACGUGAUUCAUCAAGAAAGAAUGGAAACCAUCUUUUCUUUUGCCUUUGAGCUUGCCAUUGCCGUCAUGGCUAUUGCCUGCCCCUGCGCCCUAGGUUUGGCAACCCCCACUGCAGUGAUGGUAGGCACCGGGAUUGGGGCGAGAAACGGCAUCUUGAUCAAAGGGGGUGAACCCCUGGAAAUGGCCCACAAGGUGAAGACAGUUGUGUUUGAUAAGACAGGGACUGUGACCUAUGGUAAACCAAGGGUCAUGAGGACUAAGCUCUUCUCUGCUGGAUUGGACAGUAUGACAGAGGAAGAAUUCCUUGCUAUCUGUGGGACAGCAGAGUCUGGUAGUGAACAUCCUCUGGGUACGGCUGUUCUUAAGCAUGCCAAGGAGAUGUUAAGCGCCGAACAGGUUGGGAGGUGCUCAGACUUCAAUGCCGAGCCUGGCUACGGACUCCGCUGCACUGUCAGUCAUGUGGGAGCCAUGCUUGACAAUUUUCCCACAAUGCAAUUGCUUGCCAAUGAGAGCGAGAAACAGGAGAAAUGCGGAGAAAUUAAGAAAGCUGUGGAUCAGAAGAAUGAAUUCACAGUACUAAUUGGAAACAGGGAAUGGAUGAAAAAGAAUGACCUGACGGUCACAGCUGAUAUGAACGAGGCAUUGGGUCAUAACGAAGCACAGGGGCAAACAGCUGUAUUAGUUGCAGUGGAUGAUCAAAUAGUGGGAAUGAUCGCCAUUGCUGAUACAGUGAAACCAGAAGCCAAACAAGCCAUUCAAACAUUGAAGGAUCUAGGUCUCGAUGUAGUACUACUCACAGGUGAUAACAGGGUUACCGCUAAUGCUAUUGCUAAACAGGUUGGAAUAUCUCAAGUCUUUGCUGAGGUCCUCCCUCAUAACAAGGUGGAAAAGAUCACUGAACUACAGGCCAAGGGUCAGCGUGUUGCUAUGGUAGGAGAUGGGGUCAACGAUAGCCCCGCCCUAGUGAAGGCUGAUGUGGGUAUUGCCAUCGGAACAGGGACGGAUGUUGCUGUAGAGGCAGGGGACAUUGUUCUCAUCAAGAGUGACCUGAUGGACGUUGCAGGUGCCAUUGACCUUUCCAAACACACCGUAAGAAGGAUCUACAUCAACUUCUUCUUUGCUUGUAUCUACAACUCUGUAGGCAUCCCUAUUGCUGCUGGUGUCCUAGCUCCAGUCAACAUCUUCUUACGUCCCUGGAUGGCAUCAGCUGCCAUGGCAAUGUCUUCUGUUUCCGUGGUUUCCUCCUCUCUCAUGCUCAAACUGUACAAAAAGCCAACUUACAAGAGAGUCCUGGUCGAAAGCAAUGGUUCAUCUGCUAUGGUUUAAGACUCGGGUCAAAACACUAAAUACCUCUCCUACUAUACAUCACCCACCUACUCUAUUUACAGAUAAACAAUCCUGUAGUUGUGUCAUAUUUCAGCUGAAAUCAGAACAUUUGUGUCAUGAACUUUUAAGACUUGGCCAUUGUGCAUCAAGAAAGGUCAUGAUUUCCAGAAUUCAGUGAUGUGAUUCAAUUCUUUAUGGCAUCUAACUACUGCAAGUCUGAACCACUCAUACAAUUUGGGAAGGUUUUGGUUUUACUUGUCAACUUUCUUUGAAUUACAUGUAUAUCUUCAAGACCUCUCUUUCAUAAACUCUCACAGAUAAAUGAAUAGGCUAAUUCAUUCAUUGGCGUGUACAAACUUCACAUACCUGAAUAUUGUAGUCCUUUACACUGGAUUCAGUGUUUGUAUGUAACAAUGUGAUUUUCAGUUCAGUUGAUGAUGUUAAGGAUAGGGUAGGGAGAGGCGGUGUGAGAGAUGUUCAUGAAGACAAUUGUGCAGUUUGUUGUGAGAGGUUUUAAAAACGGUUUAAUUGAAGCAGGAGACAAUAUUUGAAUUUGAAUUUGAAUUUAUUAACAACAACACAUCACAAUAAUGACAGUACAUAUGAACAAUCAUACAAUGAAAAAAAUCAUACUGAAACAU